CAUUCUACCUCUCUGUUUUCUCUACCUCUGCUUAAAGCAGCAAUCCUUUUGCUCAGACUUCCUGUUUCUGGCACUUGCCUUCUGUAAUGUGUUCAUAGUUCCUCGUCUGUGGUUAAGUAGGCACAGAGCUGGUUGAGUCUCCCCCUCUCUCAUUCAUUUGCACACACAAGCGUGCUUCUUCUCUCUUCUCUCUCCCAGAAUGAUGGUUCUGGGUAAAACUUUCGCGACAGUUUUCUGUUUAUUUCAAGCUGUUUUGGGAGAAAGUGGCAAUGCACAGAACGGAGACUUAGAAGAUGCAGAAGGGGAUGAAUACUCCUUCUGGUGCUACAGCCAGUUGGAAGUGGAUGGAAGCCAGCAUUCUCUGACUUGUGCUUUUGAUGACCCAGACAUCAACAGCACCAACCUGGAACUGCAGAUAUGCGGGGCUCUUUUACAGAUGGAUUGCCUAACUCUUAAUAAGCUGCAAGACAAAUAUUUCAUAAAGACAAAAGGAUUCCUACUGAUUGGUGGGAGCGAUAUAUGUGUGAAGCUUGGAAAAAGGAACUUAAUUUGCAAAAAUAUGGACAUAGCCAUGAUAGUUAAACCUGAAGCCCCUUUUGGCCUAGAAGUAGUUUAUCGAAAAGAAGCAAGCGACUUUUUGGUGACCUUUAAUACAUCUCACUCAAACAAGAAGUAUGUAAAACAGUUAAUGCAUGACAUGGCCUACCGCCCAGAAAAGGGUGAAAAUAACUGGACGCAUGUCAAUUUAUUGAACACAAGAACAACAAUCCUAGAGCGAAAGCUACGACCUAAAACCGUGUAUGAAAUCAAAGUCCGAUCGAUCCCCAAUACCAGAUACUUCAAAGGCUUCUGGAGUGACUGGAGUCCAAGUUCAACCUUCAAAACGCCAGAGCCUGGGAGUCCAGGGCGAUGGGAUCCUGUUUUGCCAAGUAUCAGCAUUCUGAGUUUUUUCUCUGUGGUUUUGUUGGUCAUCUUAGCCUGUGUGCUAUGGAAAAAGAGGAUUAAACCUAUUGUAUGGCCCAGUCUCCCUGAUCAUAAGAAAACUCUGGAACAACUAUGUAAGAAACCAAAAAAGAAUUUGAAUGUGAGUUUCAAUCCUGAAAGUUUUCUGGACUGUCAGAUUCAUGAGGUGAAUGGCAUUCAAUCCAGAGAUGAAGUAGAAACCUUUCUGCAAAGUGGCAGUCCUCCACAGCCUGAAUCUCCCCCUGAGGAGCUGGAGAAGCAGGGUCAUGGCGCAGCUGUGCACAGCCCAAACCGGCUGUCGGAGAUUUCAGUCAGCACACCAGAAACUUUCAGAAGAGAGUCACCCCCGAGACUCCUGGAGAGAAAUCCGAGUACAUGCAACACUCCUCCCUUCCUUUCCUCUCUGUCCCCUGACUACAGAGAUGGUGACAGGAAUGGGCCUCCUGUGUACCAAGACUUGCUGACAAGCCCUGGGAACACAAAUGGCACCCUCCCUCAGGCAUUUCCUCUCCAGUCAGGAAUCCUGAUGCCAGUUUCUCAGAGACAGCCCAUCUCCACUUCCUCAGUGCUGAAUCAAGAAGAAGCAUAUGUCACCAUGUCUAGUUUUUACCAAAAUAAGUGAAUUAUGAGACACCGAAGACCCUUCCAUCACAAACAGAAUGAUCACUGGGAUGAAAAGCCUAGCAUGCCUGUCCCUCAUAGUUCACAGAAGAUAAAGUCAUCGUGACCUUGCUGCACAGCAUCAGCAUUCUGAGAAGUCAUUUUGAUCUCCUAACUCAGGAGCAUUUGCAUAAAACAGGAAGAAGAUGUUUCUGCCUUGUUGGUUAAGUACUAAGAGUUCAAGUUGCCCAAUUAAAAAUUAGGAACAAAACUCAAAUGACGAUUAAGGGGAAGAUAGAAGGAUGCAAUGAAUGCAGGAAGAGAGAAUAAUAUGGCAAUGUGGAUUCAUCCAUUAUAAUUGAUAAACUCUUUGCCAUAGAUGCUAAAGUUGAUAGUAAAUAUUUUAAGUAAUUUGUCUAAGCUUUCCUUUCUUCAGGAGGUGAGGCAUGUGUUCUAACUUCAGCCAUCCCUUGCCAUGAACCUAUGCUAGUCUUCCGUGCCAAACAUCACCACUGAGUGAGUGAUUGUAUAGUUAUUAUCCAAACUGCGCCACUCUGGAAAGGGAAAGUCAGAGACAAUUAACAGCAAGCAGAAACUGGGUCUGUCUCAGAAAGAUGUGGAUGUGUGGUCACUUUAAUCAAAGUGGCUACGAAGAAGAAAGUGCAGGACAAAAUGUAUUUAUGGGUAUGAAGUGCCAUGACCAUGUGUCAAAGGAAGUCGGAAAAAAAAAAAACACCAAGCUCAUUUGAUUUUGUUUGUUUGUUUUUUAAAACCAACCAUAGAAGUAAUCAGUUAGAAGCCAAGAAAUUCCAGAAUCAGUUAUCAAGACCAUGAUCCUCCUGCUGCUACCAUCCACCUGCCUCCGUAUGGGAGCAUAGAAGGAGCUGAUGAGAGUCUGCAAGAGUGUGACAUUUAACCCAUGAGCAGAGGAAUAGCUCUCCUAUGUGUGUAGAUACCAUGACAAAUUACCCCAGGUUCUACACCCUUGGAUGCUGCCCAAACUACAGGGAAGAGGGAAUGUGAACACUUCAAUGUGUGCUCCAGCUGAGACUAUACUCAUGCAAACACAAAGAAGAUAGGUAAGCUGCUCAAAUUAAAAUGUCAACUCAUGAUUGCAAGCCAAAACUCUGAAUCCCUGGUAUAUAUGGCCAAUCUCCUGAAGAAAAUAAGAAGUAACUGAAGGACACCAUUGAGCUCCUUAGCACUAAAAUCCUCUGUUUCAGUGUUGACAUUGACCAUUUGAAUUUGGUGUGUCUGUCUGGUCAUGUAUUAAAUCCCUGUAUUAUAUUCACAUCAUCGCAACUGCUGCUAAUGCUUAAGUAUGUAUUCAGGAACAGAGUGUAAUGUGACAUUACGGAUUGGUUCUGCCAGUUUCCCUCUUGCAUUUCAUAUUGGAAAAUCAAAACUUUUGGUCAGAGAUAAUAUUCAAAACCGAGAUGCCAACUGCUACUUCCAAGAAUUGUGAAAUAAAAAUGAUAAAAAAAAAUAAUGAGAAACAGGCAUCCAGUU